GCAGUGGGAGUGAGAGGGGGGUUUGGUACCCUUGAAGGCCAAUGUUCAGGAAUGCAGAACACUGGAGAGGCCUAUGAACAAGAAUCCAAAAGACAGCAAGGCAUCUCUGGGUCUCAGUUUCCUCAUCUGUGAAGUAGAGAUGUUGUCCCUGCCCGGGCCAUCCCAUGGAGUGCAAUGAGGGAAAAAUAAAACCAGAGUCAGAAGAGCAUUUUGAAGGUUUUUAUUCUCUACAAACACAAAACUAAAACUGCCUUAAAAAUCACCAGACACUACCCCUCCCACCCAUGAAAAUACAACCAGCAUGCUUUGCCCCGGCAGCCUGUUGCAGGGCUUUCUAUAAGGACUCCUUGGCUUUGCUGAUGGCCAUCUGGGUUUCCUUUGCAGCUGGUCCAUGGAGUGCUCCAGCUGGAAUACAGUUGCCCACGUGGUUUCAAUGGAACGCUUUCCUCCUGGCCCCAUGUGAAUGACGGCAAGUGGCACUCAGUUCUGGUGAAGGAGACGGACACUUCCACUCGGCUGUUGGUUGACAGCUCAGGCAACGGCUCCCUUGUGCUCCCAGAGAACUGCCAGGGCCUGAGGCCCAAAAGAGACCUCUUUCUAGGCGGCUUUGUCCUCUCUCACUCUCCCCCGAACGUCUCCCAGGGCUUUGAAGGCUGCCUCGAUGAGGUCAUGAUCAAUGGACAGGCACUGGAGCUGAUGGCCCAUGGCAAGAAGGUGGCAGGCUUGCUGGAGAGGCAGGACCUCACCCAGUGCUGCGCCCACAGCCAAGACUGCAGCCCGAACCCAUGUCUCAAUGGUGGGAAGUGCUCACAGGCCCUCGGGAUAGGCUAUUCCUGCGAGUGUCCCCCACAGUUCUCUGGGAAACACUGUGAACAGAGAAAGAACUGCACUUUGACACCUUGCCCGGAGGAGAACGGAAACUGCAGCUCCUCCCCUGAAGGAGUCAGGUGUGAACAAAAGGAAAGGGCCUGCUCAGAAGGAAAAUGCCUACUCACCCCGGUGAUCAAAAGGGGGGACUGGGGUCAGCAGGAGCUUCUGAUCUUCACAGGGAUCCUACUGUUCAUUAUUGCUAGCACCAUUGGGUUUCUCUUCUACUGCCGCUAUCGCAAGUCUCACAAGCCCGUGGCCAUGGAAGAUCCAGACCUUUUGGCUAGGAGUGUUGGUGUUGACACCCAAGCCAUGCCUGCCAUCGAGCUCAACCCUCUGAGCACCAACUCCUGCAACAACGUGAACCAACUAGAGCCCAGCAAGACCUCAGUGUAUCCAGGCGGAGCCACGGUCUGGCCCCCUACUUACUCCAGGAAGGAACACUGGGAAUACCCCAACUCUGAAGUGACCCCGAGCCCUCUGCCACCAUCACCUCAGCACCACCAGAACCCAGCUGUGAUGCAGGAGCCCAAUGGCCUCUAUGGGGGUUUCCCCUUCCCACUGGAGGUGGAAAAUAAGCGGGCACCCCUCCCACCCCGCUAUAGCAACCAGAACCUGGAAGAUCUGAUGCCCCCGCGGCCCCCCAGUCCCCGGGAGCGCCUGCUGGCCCCCUGUCUCAAUGAGUACACAGCCAUCAGUUACUACCAUUCGCAGCUCCGGCAGGGAGGGGGAGGGCCCUGCCUGGCAGAGGGGGGCUACAAGGGGGUGAGGAUGCGCCUCAGCCGCGCCGGGCCCUCUUAUGCCGACUGUGAGGUGGUGGGUGGGCUUCCCGCAGGCCGGGGCCAGCCCGAGGCACCCCCCAACUAUGAGGGCUCUGACAUGGUAGAGAGUGAUUAUGGGAGCUGUGAGGAGGUCAUGUUCUAGCUGUCCUCAGAGGAAGGAAGGUGGGAGGCCAAGGACUUGGCACCUUCUUCCUGUCUAUAGAGAGUGAGUACAGCGUGGCUGGGAAAGUGGGAGGGAAGCCCCCAUACCCAUUCCAGGCUGCCAUACAUUGAAAUGUGCUCUUCCAGACCCCCAGCUAGUCCCUGAGGAUGGAGGGAAGCUGAGGGUAGGACUCGAAAAACAGCACCAGGGCCCCAGCAGAAAGGGGAUGCACAGGGCAGCUACGCUGGAAAACCAGGAGAAGCCGACUCCUGAGAUGGGCAAGAGGCAGUCAGUCUCUGAUCUGCCGUCUCCCAGCGCCCAGGGAGGCAGGGCCUGAACUACUGGGUCAGCCCUGUUGGGGCACAUCCUUACACCUGCCCACAGCUCCAUUCUGGAGGCAGAGGCAGGCUCAUGCCCCACAGGCUACCACUACACCCACUAGAGAGAUGAGGUCCCAGGGUCUCUGACCCUGGAGGGCCACAGGGUGUCCUCCUAGGGGCUGACAGGUGAGCAGAAGGCGAGCAGUUACCAAAAGUCACCUAUGCACCCUGCCUCAUGCAUAUGUCCAUUGCAGCAUCUGCUCCGUGUCAGGUGCUGUGCUAGGCAUCGGGGAUAAGAUGGUGAAUGAGGGCAACAAGGGUACCUGAGGAGCAUCACUAUGGUCUCAGUCUCCUGGAGGUCCCACUCCUCUAAUCCAGAUUCCAACUAGGCAACUUGCCCCGCCUCUUUAAGUCACGUGACUUUCUACCAGCCAGGGCCAGUCAGGAUUCCUGCAGCCCUGGACUUUCUUUGCUAAAGAAAUCAGACCUCAUGGAACUCUGGGUUCUUCAUCCCAAGUUUCUCAAGCACUUUGGGCCAAAGGCAGGAAGGCUAUCAUUCAUCAUUUUUAAAAAUUUUAGGCACUUUUCAACCUUGCUGUCUGGAUGAGGGAUUUUUCUUCCAUAGACACAAGGAACUCAGAAUGUCCAUUCAGGGGAGGGUGGAGGCAGGGAGCCAGAAAGAGGAUGCCCUGUCCUUGCCCCGCCAUCUGAGAAGCCUGCCAAUCUAAGUGUUACCUGCAGUGACUCAACCCUAUGCAUGGAGGGUCAAUGUGGGCACAUGUCUACACAUGUGGGCACUCAUGUAUAGUACAUUUGUACACAUGUGUAGAGUGUAUGUAGCCAGGAGUGGCAGCGACCAGAGAAUUCUGGUGGCCUUGCUAUUCUGCCCACCCCCCGUCCCUUUCUCGGGUCCACUACUUUUUCAUGUGUUGUUUCUGGAGACAAAAGUCAAAAGGAAGAGCAACAGAGACUCUCACCCCCAGAGUUGCUGCUUACAGCGAGACGGAGGCUGUGUGGGUGAGAGCGUGUUUGUGUGAGUGGUUCGUGACUGUGUGUGCGACUGUGAGUGUGAAUGACGGUAUGAAUGGCCUUUUUUUUUUUUUUAACAAUAAAGUGUCUUUUUUACUGUUAUUU